AUGCAAAAGGUAGAAACCACACAAGCCAUGCUUUCCCACUGAGAUUUGCCUAUUUCAUGUGCUGAAUGUAACGCUCCCACAAACACAGCUCUGACCCUGGAUCUCUACUCUCUGCCUUGUAAUGGGACAACUGACAGAAGGGGGUGUGGCUAAGUCAAGGAGGAAAUGAAGGCAGGAGCAUGUGACUGUAGUUGUUCUCCCAAACACAGACUGACUAAUUGACAUGGGGUGGAUUUUGUCUGGGCAAAACUGCGUGAGCAGGACGCUGGAGGAUUUCUGGAUUUACUCCCGAUAAGUUUUGUGGUUCUUGCUAUUCUCACUGCAAAUAGAAAUUAUUCCCUUUCAAGCCAUCUUAACUUUUUUGGUGAUUUGGUUUUUAAAUAUAAGCUGUUUGUUAUAACUUCUGUCUAAUCAUCUUGAAGGAGAUGUCAAUUGAGUUUUGUCUCAAAAUAUUUCAUGACGUGUUAAAGUGCCUGUUUUACACCUGCGGCUGACGUAACCUGGUCUUUCCUGUCAGAAUGGUGUUGCUGGUAUGUGGCAGUUGAAGAGUGUGUUGAUGACUCCUAAAAAAUGUACAAUCGCUGCUUGGUUUGUCAGACAAGGAUACACUGAGAGACAGACAAACGGCUGAAAGAGGGAACAAGAAAGCAUGAAGCAGAAAGAGACGGUGCAUAAACACUAGUUGGCUUGGCUGAACGUAGUAGUAUAUUAACUCAAUAAAGGAAGGAGAUAGAGGACAGGGACCUUUAUAUCUCUUUAAUCACCAACUUGAUUAGGAAUGUCAGGUCUGUGGCUCUGCUUUGAAGGAAUAACAGUUUAAAAGUGAUAGAAGUUCACCAUGAGUUCCACUAAGAGAUGGUUAUCUUCUCGCCGCUAUAAAUUUUACAUUGUGGAAGGGGAGUCCCAGUGCCCAGAGACGGGCACCCACAAAGACCGCUCAUUCGGCCAGACACCUUACCUGCGUGGCACAGAGCGCUACACUGACAGCAGCACAGCCUCCGGAUCCAGGGACCCUUCAUGCGUGGCUGCCUCCAGUUCAGCCAGCUUGGCCUGGGCGCUGCGAACACGCCACCAGCCUGCAAGUUUGGCCCUUCGUAAGCAAGAGGAAGAGGAGAACAAGAGAUGCAAGGCACUUUCAGACAGUUAUGAACUCUCUACAGAUCUGCAGGAUAAGAAGGUGGAGAUGCUGGAGAGAAAGUAUGGCGGCUCCUUCGUAAGUCGCAGAGCAGCGAGGACCAUUCAGACGGCCUUCAGGCAGUAUCGCAUGAACAAGAACUUCGAGCGUCUCAGGAGCUCAGCGUCAGAGAGCCGCAUGACGCGGCGCAUCAUCCUGUCCAACAUGAGACUGCAGUAUUCCUUUGAUGAGCGACAGCCUCAGCAGCAGGCCCAGACACAGACGAACUUCACCCACAGCGUGGCCAUAGGGCCUCCUCAUUCCCCUGACACAGACCGCCCAGGAGACUACACCCAUUUAGAGGACUCCUUCUCCAAGCAGGUCAAGUCCCUAGCUGACUCCAUAGACGAUGCCCUUACCUGCCGCGCGGGCCGCGAUGACUCCCAGGAGGGCAGCAGGGAGGGUGGAGGGAUUAGCGAAGACUUUGGGGAGUGCGUGUGGAGCAGCAGCAGCAACCCCUCCUCACAAAGAGGUCUGGGAGAACGAGCCAGGGGUGCCGGAGGAGCUCUCAGCAUGCAUGGCGACAGCACAGCCACCUCGUACAGUGACGUCACCCUUUACAUGGAUGAUGGCAUGCCAUCAUCCCCGCUGUCUCUGGAUCGGGCUCCCAGCAGCACAGAUACAGAGUACUGGGGCCCCGGCGGUGGUGUCGGAGGGCGUGAGGACAGCAGGGACACUGAGGGAGGGGGUAGCAGUAACAGUCGGCGCAGCACCCCGUGUACCGAGUGCAGGGACUAUCGACUCAGGGGCGCACAUCUGCCCCUCCUCACCAUCGAGCCGCCCAGUGACAGCUCAGUGGACAUGAGUGACCGCUCAGAUCGCGGAUCUCUCAGCAGACAGCUGGUCUAUGAGCAGGAGCCUGGGGUAGGGGCUGGCUCCCCUCAGGGAACCCUCAAACACUCACCCAACACAGGCACCCGCCCUUCCUCCACAGCGGCUGCCCAGGGUCAGACCCGGGCCCCCGGCAGACCCAUACCCACACACAUCCCUCACCAGGUGGCUGCACACCACCACCAUCACCACCACCCUAUCCACCACCAUCAGUACCCUGACACACCCUCGUCCUCGUCCUCCCCCCAGCAGCCUCCCACCACCCCUCUGUCCUCCUCCUCCUCUACGGCUCUGCCCCCCGGUGGUCUGGAGCAGCCGUGCUGCUCGGACGGCGACAACGACUCACUCAACUCCACGACAAACUCCAACGAGACAGUCAACUGCAGCUCUGGCUCCUCGUCUCAGGACAGCCUGCGGGAGCCUCUGCCACCUCUGGGAAAGCAGACCUACCAGAGAGAGAGCCGCCACAGCUGGGACUCCCCACCCUUCAACAGCGAUGUGGUGCAGAGACGGCAGUACCGCAUAGGUCUCAAUCUCUUCAACAAGAAGCCAGAGAAAGGGAUCCAGUACCUGAUAGAGAGAGGUUUUGUAUCGGACACUCCAGUUGGGAUCGCUCGCUUCAUCCUGGAGAGGAAGGGCCUCAGCAGGCAGAUGAUUGGAGAGUUCCUGGGAAACCGACAGAAGCAAUUCAACAAAGAUGUUUUAGACUGCGUGGUGGAUGAGAUGGACUUCUCAGGCAUGGACCUGGAUGACGCUCUCAGGAAGUUCCAGGCUCAGAUUAAGGUUCAAGGAGAAGCCCAAAAAGUGGAGAGGCUCAUCGAGGCUUUUAGUCAGAGAUACUGUGUGUGUAAUCCGACCCUGGUUCGGCAGUUCCAGAACCCGGACACCAUCUUCAUCUUGGCCUUCGCCAUAAUCCUCCUCAACACAGAUAUGUACAGUCCCAACGUCAAAGCCGAGAGGAAGAUGAAACUAGAGGAUUUCAUCAAGAAUUUGAGAGGAGUAGACAACGGCCAGGAUAUACCCAGGGACCUGCUGGUUGGGAUCUACCAGCGGAUACAGAAAUGGGAGCUACGGACCAACGAUGACCAUGUGUCCCAAGUGCAGGCAGUGGAGAGAGUCAUUGUGGGCAAGAAGCCUGUGCUGUCCCUUCCCCAUCGUAGGCUGGUGUGUUGCUGCCAGCUCUAUGAAGUUCCUGACCCCAACAGACCUCAGAGGACAGGAGUGCACCAACGAGAGGUCUUCCUCUUUAAUGACCUUCUGGUGGUGACCAAAAUCUUCCAGAAGAAGAAAACCUCAGUGACUUAUAGUUUCAGACAAUCUUUCCCUUUGGUUGAGAUGCAAGUGCACAUGUUCCAGAACUCAUACUACCCUCACGGUAUCCGCCUGACCUCAGCAGUCCUGGGUGGGGAGAGGAAGGUUCUUAUCGUCUUUAUGGCACCCAGUCAGCAGGACCGCACCCGCUUUGUUAGCGACCUCAGGGAGAGUGUUGCUGAAGUGCAAGAGAUGGAGAAGUACAGAGUUGAAUCGGAGUUGGAGAAACAGAAAGGUGUGAUGCGGCCCAGCCUGCUCAGUGGAGGAGUGGUGGGAGGAGGCGUAGGUGUGAAAAGCGAUGUUGUGAAUGGCACCCUGGGAAGGACGAGUUUUGAUGACAACUGCUCAGUGGGUGAGGGUCUCAAACGCACAGCACUCAGCUCAUCUCUCAGGGACCUAUCGGAGACAGGUGAGACAACAGCUCCUCAGAGAUGGGGUCAAUUCCAUUUCCUUCCUGUCAGCUGGGUUGAACUGGGUAUCACGGCAUCUGCAAUGAUUGCGUUUUUCUGUUUCUAUGACUUUACCCUGUUCUUCUUUCUCACUGACAUUCAAACACAGCCUAUGCAGUUUGUAUCUUUUCCAUAAAAACAUGCAAACAAACUUCAAUCUUCGUUUCAAUCUUCCACUUUUUGCUAACCUGACUCUUCCU